AUCACUUGAAAUUACAUAUCUGAUACUUACAUUUAUUUAAGUACUGAGACAUACAAGAAUUUGUAAAUAUCAAAUUUUGAUGACGUCCAAAUUAGAAUACGUGGAUAUUUAAACACGAAUAAAACAUUAAGAAACAAAUCAAAGAUAGAAACAGAAUGAAAAAUAUUUUUAAGAUAUAAUAUAAGAUAAAAUAAGUAGCAAUUUACAGAAUGGCAGAUCCAGGAUCAGCUACACAGUUUAUGAAGAUUGGCAGUGCCUUAUUCUACGGCUUCUCCAGCUUUAUGAUUACAGUUGUAAAUAAGACCGUCUUAACUACCUAUAAGUUUCCAUCGUUUUUAGUUUUAUCACUGGGUCAACUAUUCGCAUCUGUGAUAGUAUUAAGUUUUGGAAAACAAAUGAAAUUUAUAUCAUAUCCAAGUUUCCACUUAGAUAUUCCGAAAAAAAUAUUCCCGUUGCCGUUAAUAUUUCUAGGAAACAUGAUGUUUGGAUUAGGAGGGACUCAGGCUUUAAGUUUACCAAUGUUUGCCGCACUUAGAAGAUUUUCCAUUUUAAUGACAAUGCUAUUGGAAAUGAAACUAUUGCAAAUAAGACCAUCUUUUGCUGUGCAAAUCAGUGUAUAUUCUAUGAUUGGAGGUGCAUUAUUGGCAGCAAGUGAUGACUUAUCUUUUAAUUUACAUGGAUACGUUUAUGUAAUGUUAACAAACAUUCUUACAGCCGCUAAUGGAGUUUUCGUCAAGAAAAAACUAGAAACUGUGGAUUUGGGACGUUAUGGUCUAAUGUUUUACAAUUCGUUAUUUAUGCUGGUCCCAGCCCUACUUGGAACCUGGAUAGCGGGAGACUUACAGCUAGGAAUCGAAUUUUCAUAUUGGAAUGAUCCCGUUUUUGUUGUUCAAUUUAUUUUAUCUUGCAUCAUGGGAUUUAUACUUACGUAUAGCACAAUAUUAUGCACACAAUAUAAUUCAGCAUUAACGACGACUAUAGUUGGAUGCCUUAAGAACAUUAGCAUAACAUAUAUUGGUAUGUUUAUUGGCGGAGAUUAUGUAUUUAGUUGGCUUAACUGUAUUGGUAUCAACAUAAGCGUGAUGGGUAGCUUAUUGUAUACUUAUGUUACAUUCCGUCGAAAACAAAUUAAACAAGUUCAAAAGUCGGAUGAUCAAAUGCAUCUUUUAAAUUCUUCAAAAACAGAAACUGUGUGACCAUAAUUUUGUACCUCGCAAUUUAUAAAAUUUAUCAAAGCGUAGAUAUAUAUACCGACCCAUCGAAUGUGCAACCAAAUUAAUGAUUAAUAAACAUAUGAUAACUUAUACUAAAGAAACAAAGAGUAUU